AUGUUUUUUAAAAACACCAAAAAGCUUGGCGAGAUUGUGACUGAAACUGAGGACAUUCUGCGUCAUGAUUUAAUAGUAGACAAAGAAAUCAAAGAAAAAGAAUCGGAGACCUCUGUGGAGUCAAAGAGAAAAAGCUCCAGAAGGUCAAGAAUUUUCGCAAGAAAGUUUAGCGUCUGCUUGAAAUAUCUUCCAAGCAAGGCGACAGAUUUAAAGUGCACGAUUGAAAGAUAUCAGCGUUUAUGCGAGUACUCAUGCGCAGGAAAUCGACAAGAAAACUCGUGUUUGUGUUCAAAUCAGGAGUGCUCUUGGGAGAAAGAAUUUGAGGAAUCGUGUUUUCCCAUCGAAACGGAUCGGAAUCAACUUCAAAGCAGCCACAUCAUGAGAAGCGUUGUCCCUGACUUUGAAUUUCCUGUUGAGUCGAUUGAAAAGAUUAAUCGUCAAGAUGGAGUUUAUGUUCAUGCGUUUCAAUUUCUGCAAUUUCUCCAGCGAGUCAUGUAUGAAGAGGGACUUUUCACGAUUGAUGAAGAAACUGUAUAA